CUGGAAUGCAUCAGUGAUCGGUGAGCCGAGUAAGCAGCCAGACGCAGCCAUUCUUCAUUAUUCUUCCCCGAAGUGAGCGAAAAAGGAAAUAUCCCCAGCAACAUGAUGAAAUCCGUGAUCUGUGUGCUCGCCGCCUUGGUGGCCGUGAAUGGCGAUUGCAUAAAUCUGAAGACGUACGAGGAGAAGAUCGAUCCCGUCGUCUGCACAGAUGUCAUUAAGCUGCCGAACUACGAGAACCUAGCCACCUACUACCAGUGCAAUUCCAAGAACUCCUACACCGUGCAGAACUGCGCCGCCGGAUCCUACUUCAACAUGGCGAUGCAGAAUUGCCUGCCCUGCGCCAGCUACUUCCCCAGCGCCGAGUGCAGCAGCCUGAAGGUCAACGUCACCUGUGUGCCCAUCUCCGCCACCCCCACUGAUGCACCCUCGACGACCGCCCAGCCCACUACCACCGCCCAGUCCACUACCACCGCUGCCCCGACCAGCAGCACCACCACCACCGAGGCACCUGGCGAGACCACCACCCAGUCGGCGCCCACGCCACCCACCGAUGCUCCGGCCACCACCACCACCAGCAACAACGACGACAUCAUCACCCCCUCGGGCACCACCCAGUCCGUGCCCCAGCCCCCCUCCCCCGGCGAGAGCAAUGUCCCCACCCCCGUCACCCCCGCUCCCACGGCCCCGGUCAUCAACGACUCCCCCCCCACGGCGCCCUCGGCCAACGUCGGCAAGUAACUCCAGACGAUCCCUUCCAAAUCCCUGCAUUUUCGGCUGAAUAAAGUGCGCGAGCACCACAUAUGAUGGAAUAGAACUUUUUAGAUUUUUAAACAGCCCAAAAAAAACUUAAAAUACACGAAAAUUUGAUUGUAUCCUUUCAAAAAGAA